GAAUCCUCUUACGCAUCAAAACACUAGAAUGUUGUAUUUGGUUUUGUAAUUUUUGGCUUUUGACCCAUUAUCCUAGAAGGCUAAAACCCUGAAUCCCUCUCAUAUGAACCCUAAAACCUAAAUUUUGAACAUUUUCUUUCAUCGAUUCGAAUAAUUUUGCUUUUUAUUUAAGAAAGAGAAAGAGAGAGUAGAGAUGGUGUUUGGGCAGGUGGUGAUUGGUCCACCAGGAUCAGGGAAAACCACUUACUGCAACGGCAUGUCUCAGUUUCUCAAACUUAUCGGAAGGAAGGUUGCUAUUAUCAAUUUGGAUCCUGCUAAUGACUCUUUGCCGUACGAAUGCGCUGUGAACAUUGAGGAUCUUAUAAAACUAAGUGAUGUAAUGACAGAGCAUUCUCUUGGUCCGAAUGGAGGCCUUGUGUACUGUAUGGAUUAUCUGGAGAAAAAUAUUGAUUGGCUGCAAUCAAAAUUGGAACCCCUCCUCAAAGAUCACUAUCUUCUCUUUGAUUUUCCCGGCCAGGUUGAACUAUUUUUUCUUCACUCCAAUGCCAAGACAGUCAUCAUGAAACUCAUAAAGAAAUUGAAUCUUAGGCUGACUGCAGUUCAUUUAGUUGAUGCCCAUCUUUGCAGUGACCCUGGGAAGUAUGUUAGCGCAUUGCUUCUCACUUUGUCAACCAUGCUACAUCUAGAACUCCCACACAUUAAUGUCUUAUCCAAGAUUGAUUUAAUUGAGAACUAUGGAAAGCUAGCUUUCAAUCUUGAUUUUUAUACCGAUGUGGAAGAUUUAUCUUAUUUACAACACCAUCUUGAUCAGGAUCCUCGCUCUGCCAAAUACAGGAAACUCACUAAGGAGCUAUGUGAUGUGAUAGAAGACUUCAGUCUUGUCAAUUUUUCGACCUUAGAUAUUCAGGAUAAAGAGAGUGUAGGGAAUCUUGUGAAGCUGAUAGACAAGACCAAUGGAUACAUUUUUUCUGGCAUAGAAGCAAGUGCUGUUGAAUUUAGCAAGAUUGCAGUGGGUCCUCUUGAUUGGGAUUACUACAGAGUUGCUGCUGUGCAAGAAAAGUACAUUAAAGACGAUGAAAAUUUUGACUAGAACAAUUUCUGGAAGAGCUCUGUUUCUGGUGUUGCAAAGGUUCUUAGCAACUGAUAUUUCAAUGUUGGAUAAGUGGAAGAUCCAGAGAACACAAGUCAAAGUAGCAAAAGCCAGCUGCAUCUUCCUCCCUCAUCAUGAUCUUUCUUAAAAGGUAGCGAAAGUAGGGAUCUGACCAACUCUCCUGUGGCUGUUUUUGUGUAAUAUAAUUUAAAUUAAAGUCAUACGCUCAGUUUGAUGUGUGCAGAGUUUGCAGAUGUAUGCAUUUGGAGAUGUUGAAGGAGAUUGAAUAGUGUUUGAUAUGGCUAUAAAAUCACUUUCUUCUUC